AUUCAAUUGCGAUGAGAUUGCUGCGACUCGAGCUCAAGCGAGAUGGCGUUCGACUACAACGUCGAGCUCCUGCAACGACAAUGGCGUGGGCAUUGAUGGUCAUCAUGCUGCUGUUGCUCAUUCAGAUGGCGGCAGUUCAAGCAUCCCCUUCAGCGAAGCACCAACCGAAAGGCUCGAGCAAGCAGCAGACAACCAACAACAAGAACCUGAACAAGGAUCCUCGCUUUGAUACAAAGGACUACUACAAGCUUCUCGGAGUAUCGCGCACUGCGACAGACAGACAGAUCAAGAAGGCCUUUCACAAACUGGCGCUCAAGUACCAUCCAGACAAAAACAAGGAGCCGGAUGCCGAAGACAAGUUUGCCAAGCUCGGACACGCCUACGAAGUGCUGUCCGACCCCGAAAAGCGGAAAAUGUACGAUCAGUUCGGAGAAGAUGGUGCAAAUGGAGGUCAUGGCCGUGCUGGUCCCAGCCCUGCCGGCGGUGGCGGCUUUCAAGGUGGAUUCCACUUCGGUGGGGCAGGCGGUCCGCGCUCGUCGCACUCAUCAUCCCACCAGGGCAACGGCUUCACGUUUGACUUUGGAGACAUGUUCUCUCAGUUUGGCGACAUGUUUUCUGGUCACUUUGGCGGCGGUGGAGCGCGCAGAGCGUCGAGGAAACAGGGCGGUGCCAACCCUGGUUCUGCUGAGGGUGCGACCCAUCGCAAAGGCGAGCCGCUUUACAGCCACAAGCGUCAAUAUCGUUCGUCCUCCUAUACGACGCAUCACCACCAACAACAGCAGCAGCAGCAGCAGCAACAACAACAACAACAACACGCAGGGAGCAGCGGAUUUUCAGACUCGCAAUUUCGCCAACAUCAGUUCCGCCAACCACAUCCGCCACACCAGCAGCAGACGAAGCAGCAUCAGCAGCAUCAGCAGCAGCAGCAGCAGACAAAUCAGCAACAGCGCACCAACCAGGAGCGGUGUCGUCGCGUCCAGACUUGCAAUGGAAAUCACUGCACGAGCCGAUUGGUUUGCGAUUAAAAACUCAGAAAGGCCGUCAUUUGUUGUUCACAUUCGACUCUGAUCAGUAUUACAUUGCAACAGGACAAACGAGAAGUUACAUGCUACAUUAUUCGAAACACUCGACUUGCGAAUCACAAACAAAAUCAGGAGCUUAACAAUAAUACAUUGUUCUGCGUUCGAAUUUCC